AGAAAGAGAAAAAGAGAGACCUCGCGAUCUAUCACCUGUCUACGAAGUUUCCUACGUUCAUCAUCGAGAGGAUUUUUUCUGCCGUCGUUGUGCCUCAAGAGAAUCGCUCACUGACAUCUGAAUUUCCAACUCGACAGUAGUCCAGUCCAUCAACCGCAAAUAUGGGUAUUUCUCGCGACUCCCGUCACAAGCGCUCGGCCACCGGUGCGAAGAGGGCCUUCUACCGCAAGAAGAGAGCCUUCGAGAAGGGUCGCCAGCCUGCCAACACCCGUAUUGGCACCAAGAGAAUCCACCUUGUCCGCACUCGUGGUGGUAACCAGAAGUUCCGUGGUCUCCGUCUGGACUCCGGUAACUUCUCCUGGGGUUCUGAGGGUAUCUCCCGCAAGGUCCGCGUGAUCGUGGUCGCCUACCACCCCUCCAACAACGAGCUGGUCCGCACCAACACCCUCACCAAGUCCGCUGUCGUCCAGAUCGACGCUGCUCCUUUCAGACAAUGGUACGAGGCCCACUACGGCCAGCCCAUCGGCCGAAGACGCCAGCAGAAGGCCGCCGAGACCACCGAGGAGAAGAAGAGCAAGUCCGUUGAGAAGAAGCAGGCUGCCCGCUUCGCCGCCAGCGGUCGUGUCGAGCCCGCCCUCGAGAGACAGUUCGAGGCUGGUCGCCUGUACGCUGUCAUUGCUUCCCGACCCGGCCAGAGCGGCCGUGUGGACGGUUACAUCCUGGAGGGUGAGGAGCUGGCUUUCUACCAGCGUGCUAUCAGGAAGUAAAGGUCCGGCGGGUAAAAAGGGUGGUUUCGGAGUUUCUUGUCAGCAAUAUUACUUCCAGAAAAAAUCUCAUGAUCUGGGCGUCCGCGGAUGCAAUGUCUGUAGAACUCUGAGCUGUCGAACCAAUCGGAAUGAUUUCAUUUUCUUACGCUUUGUUACUCCUGGAGGGCGUGUCCACACAAUAUCGUUUGCUGGGGAUCCCGCUGGGUGUAGGCAUGAUGGUUACU